AUGGCUCAGCAGAGGAUAUCAAAGCUAAUUCUGGAUCGUCUUCUCGUUGGAAGACUGCGAUCCACCAACCUGGACGUCCUGACGCCUUACCGUGACGCUGCGCCUACCCAAGCUAUAGAGCUCCAGGAAUUCGACACACGCUCGAAACAGCCGCACAGGGAGCGCAAGAGAGAACAGAAGCGACAGGAGAAGCUCGAGCAGCUUCGCGAGGCCGAAGAGAUGAAGUUCUCGCACAGUCUGCAGUUUAAUGCUGUGCCCGACUGGAGCAACCACUACAUCGCCUAUAGCAAUCUCAAGAAGCACAUCUACAGCCUUGAGACACAGCUCAACCAGAAGCAGGCGCACACCGACGCCGAAUCCUCACCACUCCUCAACGGCGAUGCCGACGAUCCAGACAAGGUCUUUACCAAUACCCUCGACACCGAACUAGAGCGCGUCACGUCCUUCUACAAGCUCAAGGAAAAUGAAAUCUUCGAGGAGAUGGAGGCCCUGCUCAAGGACGAGGAGUCAUUCGAGUACCACCAGGAGGAGUACAACGAGGAGAAUGAGAAUGCGCCGCCGGGCAAGAAGAUGCGCAGCGGGAGUGUGUUCAAGGCGAUUGGCUUUCACCGGCCGCGGGCCAUGAGCGGGGCAAGCGGACGGUCAACAGAUCACGGCGCAGACGGCGACGCAUCUGGCGACGACUCUGAGGACGAAGACGCCGACGAGACUGCACGGCUUCGUAAGAAGAGCCCAGACGGCCAGCGGCGACGAAGACGGACAAUCGACGAAGACAUGGCAGCCUCGCACGCCUCCUCGCGACGGAAAACAAGCGUCGCAUUCGAAGACUACAACGACAUGGCCUUCUCCGCGCUGUACGAAGAAGGCGUGUCGUUGAAGAAACGCCUCGUUAGCGUAUACGUCCUACUCUGCGAGCUCCGCUCCUUCAUCCAGCUCAACAAGACGGGAUUCGAAAAAGUGCUGAAAAAGUACGACAAGAUCAUGGACCGCAAGCUCAAAAAGACUUAUCUGAGCAAAUACGUUUACCCCGCCUAUCCCUUCCAGCAGAGCACCAUGGACGAGCUGACGCGCAAUCUCGAGCGUGUGGAAUCCGCCUACGCGCAAAUCGGCACAAAGGGCGACAUUGCCGAGGCGAAGCGCGAAUUGAGAUUACACCUGCGCGAACACGUCGUCUGGGAGCGGAACACGGUUUGGCGAGAGAUGAUUGGAAUCGAGCGGAAAGCGCAAGCGGCGAAUAUCGGUAUCAGCCAUACACUGCUUGGACGCGAUACCACGGGUGGUAAGAUACGGCGGCAGGGCGACGACGUCGAGUCGGAUAUGAAGGAGGUGGAUACGCCGAUUGGGCGAUACCGGUGUCCGCAGUGGCUGCUCAGCAGGACGUUUUGGAUCCUGCUGAGUUGUAUUGCCGUGUUUGUUGUGUUGCUUGUUGUGCCCAUUAUGGAGGCGCCUGAGCAGCAGAAUUGUCUUGCCAUGGUCAUCUUUGUCAGUUUGCUGUGGGCCACAGAGGCUAUACCGCUCUUCGUCACGUCCCUGCUGGUUCCUUUCCUUGCUGUGACGUUGAAUGUCGUCCGAAGCGAUGUCGAACCUCACAAGCGUCUGGAAUCAAAGGCCGCAGCGUCAUACGUCUUCUCUGCCAUGUGGACGCCUGUCAUCAUGUUGCUGUUGGGUGGUUUCACCAUCGCGGCUGCGCUGUCAAAGUACAAUAUUGCUAAGAUGAUGGCUACACUCGUUCUUAGCAAGGCUGGAACCAAGCCAAGGACUGUGCUGCUGGUCAACAUGUUUGUGGCCAUGUUUGCUAGUAUGUGGAUUAGCAAUGUCGCAGCGCCUGUGCUUUGCUUCUCCAUCAUCCAGCCCAUCCUUCGUAAUUUGCCUGCCGACUCCGACAUGACCAAGGCCCUCCUCAUGGGCAUCGCCCUCUCCUCCAACAUAGGCGGUGCCGCUUCCCCCAUUGCGUCCCCCCAGAACCUAAUCGCACUGCAAAACAUGCACCCGGAGCCUUCCUGGGGCGUAUGGUUCUUCGUCGCCUUGCCCGUGUGUAUCAUUUCCAUCCUGCUCAUCUGGGUCUUCCUCCUGGCUACUUUCCAACCCGGAAAAGGGCCGUCCAUUGUUCCUAUCCGGCCGCUCAAGGACAAGUUUACGGGCGUGCAGUGGUUCAUUACCAUUGUCACCGUCGUCACCAUUGUCUUGUGGUGCGUCAGCCACCAGCUUGAAGCUACGUUUGGUGACAUGGGCGUCGUAGCCAUCAUCCCCAUUGUUCUCUUCUUCGGCACGGGUAUCCUCACUAAGGAAGACUUCAACAACUUCCUCUGGACCAUCAUCAUACUCGCUGCCGGCGGCCUUUCGCUCGGCAAAGCAGUCAAUAGCUCCGGUCUCUUACACACCAUUGCCCUCUCCAUUACCGCUGGAGUAGAGGGAAUGAGUCUGUACGGCGUCCUCGUCACAUUUUGUGCCUUGAUUCUCGUCGUGGCGACGUUUAUCUCGCAUACCGUUGCUGCGCUCAUUGUGCUGCCCCUUGUGCAGCAGGUGGGGCAGCAGAUGCCGGAGCCGCAUCCGAAUUUACUCGUCAUGGGCGCUGUGUUGAUGGCGAGUGGGGCUAUGGGCUUGCCGACGAGCGGGUUCCCGAAUAUGACGGCCAUUAUGAUGGAGGAUCAGAGGACGGGCCAGAGGUAUCUUGCUGUUAAGCAUUUUUUGACCAGGGGUGUGCCCGCGAGUAUUAUGACGUUUGGGGUUAUUGUUACGGUGGGGUAUGGGUUGAUGCUUGCGGUUGGGUUUUAA